AUGGUCGCCCACAAUCCCUCACAGCGAUAUCUCAGUACCAGAGGUGGAUCGUACGAUCUGUCCUUUGAGGAUGUCGUCUUGAAAGGCCUCGCCAGUGACGGCGGACUCUUCAUCCCCGAGGACAUUCCCUCCAUACCCGUCGAUGCCCUCUCCCAAUGGGCCGACCUCUCCUUUGAAGACCUCGCAUUCAACAUCUUUUCCCUCUACAUUUCUCCCGAAGAGAUUCCUCCAUCCGACCUCAAAGACAUCAUCGCCCGGAGUUAUGCCUCGUUUCGUACCCCCGACAUCACCCCUCUCGUCACUCUCGAUGCCUCCAAGAAUCUCCAUCUCCUCGAGCUCUUCCACGGCCCAACAUUCGCUUUCAAAGACGUUGCCUUGCAGUUUGUGGGCAACUUGUUCGAAUACUUCCUCGUACGCCGCAAUGCCAACAAAUCUGGCUCUUCCCGCGAACACCUCACAGUCAUUGGCGCAACAUCCGGCGAUACGGGUUCAGCUGCCAUCUAUGGUCUGCGAGGGAAGCAGGAUGUUUCCGUCUUUAUCAUGUAUCCCAAUGGAAAGGUCAGCCCGAUUCAAGAAGCUCAGAUGACCACGGUACCGGAUGCGAAUGUGCACAACUUGAGGGUUGAGGGCACCUUUGACGAUUGUCAAGACAUUGUCAAGACGCUCUUCGCCGACAAGGAAAUCAACUCCACCCUCCGCCUUGCGGCCGUGAACUCCAUCAAUUGGGCCCGUAUCCUCGCUCAAAUCACAUACUACUACCACGCCUACUUCUCCCUCGCCCGCCAAACCAAGAUCGCUUCCCCUCGUGUUCGAUUCGUCGUUCCCACAGGCAACUUCGGCGACAUUCUCGCUGGAUACUUCGCUACACAAAUGGGUCUGCCCGUUGACAAGCUGGUGAUCGCAACAAAUGAGAACGACAUUCUGCAUCGAUUCUGGCAGAGCGGUGUGUACGAGAAACAGGCCAAGGAGGGACAUCAAGAGAAGGAUGCCGUCAAGGAAGAGAUUGGUGCGUUGGCGGAUCCGGGCGGUGUGAAGAUGACUUAUGCGCCGGCAAUGGAUAUCCUCGUGUCUUCGAACUUUGAGAGAUUGCUCUGGUUCCUGGCAUACAAGACAAGCAAAAUUGAAGAGACGAAUCACAGACGAAUGGAGGCUGGAGACAGAGUAAAAGGCUGGUUGGAGCAAUUGAAGAGAGAUGGGGGAUUCWCCGUUCCAAAGGAGAUGUUGGAGGCCGCGAGAGAGGACUUUUCCAGCGAGAGGGUCAGUAAUGAGGAGACGAUCUCCACUAUCAAGGACAUCCAGCGAUCAGAAACAGAUGCAAAGGAAGUCGCAGGGAGAGAUGGAAAGGUCGCUACCACAGGCAUGAUGGAUCGGGGAAGAUAUAUCCUCGACCCACAUAGUGCUAUUGGAAUUGCGGCAAGUCUGAGGAGGAUUGAAAAGGAAAAGGUCGAGGAUGUGCAGUACAUCUCUUUGGCGACGGCACAUCCGGCCAAGUUCUCGGCCGCUGUGGAAAUGGCGUUGCAGGAUGUGGAAGGCUUUACUUUUGAGACUGUUUUGCCGGAACAGUUCAAGGGGUUGAUGGAUUUGGAGAAGAGAUUGGUGGAUUGCAAGGCGGAUUGGAAGGCUGUGAGGGAGAUUGUGGUGAGGGAGGUUGAAGAGGAGUUGAAGAGUGCGAGGAGAUGA